AUGGGUCAUGCCAAGGCCAUGGAGAAGGUGGCAUAUGCUAUGCUGUUUGGAGACUACUUACCCCAGAGCAUUCCUCGGGCGAAGGAGAUCUUUGAGAAGCUGGCACUGGAGGGCUCCCCUAAAGCCCAGACUCUGUUGUAUGACAGACUCCUAAAAGUUGCAGAGAUGGGUCAUGCCAAGGCCAUGGAGAAGGUGGCAUAUGCUAUGCUGUUUGGAGACUACUUACCCCAGAGCAUUCCUCGGGCGAAGGAGAUCUUUGAGAAGCUGGCACUGGAGGGCUCCCCUAAAGCCCAGACUGCACUUGGUUUCCUAUAUGCUGCAGGAUUAGGGGUGAACUCAAGUCAAGCAAAGGCAUUGGUGUACUACACCUUUGGAGCUUUGGGUGGAAACCUAUUAGCACAUAUGAUUCUGGGCUACAGAUAUUGGGGAGGUGUUGGGGUUCCUCAGAGCUGUGAAUCUGCUCUCACUCACUACAGACUAGUGGCCAAUCAUGUGGCCAGCGAUGUAUCCCUGACAGGGGGCAGUGCAGUACAGCGGAUCCGGCUCUUAGAUGAAGUGGAAAAUCCUGGUUCUAGCAGUGGAAUGCUAGAGGAGGAUUUAAUCCAGUACUACCAGUUCUUGGCUGAGAAAGGAGAUGUGCAGGCACAGGUGGGCCUGGGCCAGUUAAACUUACAUGGAGGACGAGGUGUGGAACAGAAUCAUCAGCGAGCAUAUGAGUACUUUAACCAAGCAGCAAAUGCAGGGAACACACAUGCAAUGGCCUUCCUUGGAAAGAUGUACUCUGAAGGCAGUGAGUAUGUGCCUCAGAACAAUGACACAGCCCUGCAUUAUUUCAAAAAGGCUGCAGAUUUGGGAAAUCCGGUUGGCCAGAGUGGCCUCGGUAUGGCUUACCUGUAUGGAAGGGGUGUUCCUGUGAACUAUGACCUGGCACUGAAGUAUUUUCAGAAGGCUGCAGAGCAAGGCUGGGUGGACGGACAGUUGCAGCUGGGAUCCAUGUACUACAAUGGAAUCGGGGUGAAACGUGAUUAUAAGCAGGCUCUUAAAUUCUUUAACCUGGCAUCUCAAGCGGGUCAUAUCCUAGCCUUCUACAAUCUAGCUCAGAUGCAUGCCACGGGGACUGGGGUCAUGCGCUCCUGCCACACUGCAGUGGAGCUCUUCAAGAACGUGUGUGAGCGCGGCCGCUGGUCUGAGAGACUCAUGGCAGCAUACGGAAGCUUUAAGGACGGCGACAUGGACUCUGCUCUAGUACAGUAUCUACUGCUGGCCGAACAGGGCUACGAGGUCGCCCAGAGCAAUGUAGCCUUCAUCCUUGAUCAAAAGGGAUCACAGAUUUUCAAUGAGAAUGAAUCUUACCCACGGGCUUUGCUCCACUGGACCAGAGCAGCUGCUCAAGGUUACACAGUGGCCAGAAUCAAGCUGGGUGACUAUCAUUUCUACGGCUAUGGCACUGAUGUGGACUAUGAGACUGCAGUCAUUCACUAUCGUCUGGCCUCUGAGCAACAGCACAGUGCACAGGCCAUGUUCAACCUAGGCUAUAUGCAUGAGAAGGGCCUUGGAAUUAAACAGGACAUUCAUCUGGCUAAACGUUUCUAUGACAUGGCUGCAGAAGCCAGUCCUGAUGCCCAAGUUCCUGUGUUCCUGGCCCUGUGCAAGCUGGGCCUUAUUUAUGCACAACAGUACCUGCAAGAUCUUAAUCUGAAUGAGCUUCUAUCUCAGGUGGAUCUUGACCAGUUACUGGGUCCUGAGUGGGAUCUCUACCUCAUGACUGUCAUUGCUCUGCUCUUGGGCACAGUAGUCGCAUAUCGGCAGAGACAGCACCAAGCCGUACCCAGAGCCCCUCCAGCACCCCCUAGACCUCCAGCCCAGCCUGAGCAGCCAGCCGGAGAGCCUGAGGAACAAUGAGAGAGCAGGUAUCAGAGUGGAGGUGACCAAAUGGGACAAGGAUUACUGGAGAACGAAUUGAGGCCCAACUUGGGACAGCCACUGACACCUGCACCUGCUGUGGUCUUUAAUCUUGUUAACCCCAAAAGAGCUUUCAGGACUCUUGUUGCCCUGUCCAGCCCCUCCUUUGUCUUUUAACUGUGGCUUGGGGAAAAACUAGAUGAACUUCUACAAUAUCUUAAAUGUGCUCCUCAGGGUUUUGCCAGGUGAAAUAACAUUUGUGCAAAUCAACACUCACUAUGUGGGGGGAAAAAUACAACAUUGUUGAAUGAACUCCAUUAGUUGUUUCUGCUUUUGCUUGUCACUGUGCUAAAAGCUAAGGAUCGAACCUAUUAGGUGCAACCCAUUCAGAUUUGUUUUUUUUGUAUUAAGUUUAGUACAAAUUCAUGCCUCUUUGGAACGCAGAGUUUAAGGUGGACUGUGCUCUGAGUUCAAUAUGUAAAAAGUUCAUACUCUCAGCAUGCUUUCAUUUAAGUGGCUUGCUAGCAGAUUUUUUUUUCCAGUAGUCCAGAAAUGAUUUAUAACGUCAGUAUUUGGACAAAAGUAGUUUUCAGCAGCACAUUGAUGUACAUUUCACUGUCUCGAUUCAAAUGUGCACAGUUACAUAUGAAUAAACUACACGGUAAGUAAUCUAAGGUUAGCAGUUUUUCAUAAGGCUUUUUAUUGCCAUAAACGCUCACCUUGCCAAAUGUUGAAUCAUUUAGAUUACUACUGCCUUUGAUUUACUUUAAUUGUUACAAAAGUGUCUCUGUAGGGUGUUUAUGAUACUAAUUUAGUGCAAUUAUGGCUGGUGUCCAGUAUGUUUCAGAUAUUUGAAGCUCUAGUUACCUCAAACCUCAUUCAUCAUUAGUCAUUCAACCUUUCCAAAAGUUUUCAAAAUGGGAUUUAAAUACUUCUGCAUACAUGAAAAAUAUUUGAAUUGAUGAAUGGGUUGCUGUAUGGCUAUAAUGUUCGUUUUUUUUUUUGUAUUACAAGACACCUUUUUGACUUUUUAUUUUAAGAUAAAUACAUUGAAUGCUCUCAGAAAUGUUUUUGAUGAUACGCGUUUAAGAUCUGUAGCUCUGUGAAUUCCUGAAAUUGAUCCAUUUGUUUUGGGAUGUGGCUGUUUGUGUGCUAAAUCUCAGUUUUAGGUUCUUUUUCAGAGGAAAAAUAUUUCAGUUGUGAACAUGUCUAGAAUAUCUAUUGAUUAUUUGGCAAUGGUGUCUGUCGUUUCAGGUAACAUAGCAAUACCACAACUUUUGGUGUGUAAAAAAAAUAAAAAUCUGUAAUGUAAGCAUAUGUAUGUGAAUAGGAUGUAAAGAACUGUUUUUCUUGUGAAGAUUCACCUGAGCAUUAGUUUG